AUGGCUACUACGUCUACCCAAGCCAGUGCUGUCCCCAUCAGUGACGGCAAGGGUCAGGUAAUUACCGAGACCGCAUCGCCCGCACUGGAGUCUGUUGUCAAGCGCCGCUUCGAUAUAAAGAAACCAAAUGUAUUCACCCACUACGACAUCUACCCAGAGGACAGCAACAAGAUGGUACAUUUUGUGAGCAUUUCCAACUUCACCAGCAAUAAGCCAGACCUCACGCUGCACUCCGGGUCAGACACCCAAGCACCCGUGCUGGCCGUUAGCCACAUGCCCAUGUCAACAAGACAUUUCAAGAUUGGCCUGUCGAACUCACUAUCGUCUCCCCUUGGCGACGACAUGGAGUGGGAGAACAUGGAGAAGAGAUCAGUUAAAGGCAACGAGUACCACAUGGUCUUCCCGAUGGAGGACGGGCGCCGCUGGGAGCUGGCCUGGAAGCGCACCCACGGGCACGCGGUAGACAACAAGGAGACGUCGAGCCUGAGCAUGCGAGACUGGAAGCUUGUCGACCUGCAGACAGGCCAGGUGGUGGCCCUGUUCACGAACGAGAGAUGGUCCUUCGUCAAGACGGGCACGGUGCAGAUCAAUGGGGAGUUUGGCAGGGGGUUUGACCAGCUUGUUUUCAUUACCGUGCUGUCGCUGUAUGAAAAGGUCAGGAGACGACACCAGAGAGGCGCAUGGUAUGCGCACUCUUAG